AUUCAAACAACUUAUUCUUCUCUUUCUAGAAGUCCUCACAAUUUGAAUUGAAUCAGUCUUCUCUUUUGCGCUCUGUAUAUGCACACAUAUAUAAGCAUAUAUAACGAUAUAUGUGUAUAUUUUUGUGUGUAUAUCCAAAAUGCCGACCUUGACAGUGAAAUUGUACAGUGUGCUCUUCAAAUUCUUCCUCAAACGCAAAUUACAAACUCUAAUUGAAAACCCAAAUUUUAAUCCUAAUUCCAUCUCGCAUGGGGUAGUUACAAGGCCUGAUGAAAGCAUCGCAGCUGCAAAUCCCAGCUUUUCAAUGGACGGCAUCGCCACCAAGGAUCUACAUAUUGACCCUUUUACCUCCCUUUCGAUCCGGAUUUUUUUACCGGACUCUGCGAUUGUUUCUCCUGAAUCGGUGCCGAAUCUUAGGGUUAGGGUUCCAUCGAGCAAGAAUUUUAAGAAUUUAGGGAAAGUUUCGGAACAUGGGGUUGUUUAUGGGGGCUAUUUGCCGGAGAAGAACGGAAGAAAUUGUAGGAAGCUGCCGAUAAUAUUGCAGUUUCAUGGAGGGGGAUGGGUGAGUGGGGGGAAUGAUACAGUGGCUAACGACAUGUUUUGUAGGAGAGUAGCCAAAUUAUGCGACGCAGUGGUGGUGGCAGUUGGCUAUAGAUUGGCCCCAGAGAGUAGGUACCCGGCUGCGUUCGAGGAUGGAGUGAAGGUCUUGAAUUGGUUGGCGAAGGAGGCGAAUUUGGCAGAGUGCAAUCGAUCGUUGGGGAAUGGGAGGAUUGGAGGUGAAGGUAACGAAACAUUGGGAAGAGAAGGGAGGAGGCAGCAGAUUGUUGAUGGGUUCGGUUCAUCUAUGGUUGAGCCAUGGCUGGCUGCUCACGGAGACCCAUCUAGAUGUGUUCUCCUUGGAGUCAGUUGCGGGGCCAAUAUUUCCAACCAUGUGGCGCAACAUGCAGUAAAGGCGGGUAACCUUUUGGACCCUAUAAGAGUGGUUGCACAAGUCCUUAUGUAUCCUUUCUUCAUUGGAAGCACGCCCACACAUUCUGAAGUUAAGAUGUGUAAUUCUUACCUUUAUGACAAAUCUAUGUCCAUUCUUGCAUGGAAACUCUUUUUAUCUGAAGAAGAAUUCAACUUGGACCACCCAGCUGCUAACCCUCUUACCCCCAGGAGAGAGACACCCCUGAAGUACAUGCCACCGACACUGACAGUUGUGGCUGAACAUGAUUGGAUGCGGGAUCGGGCCAUCGCAUACUCUGAGGAGCUCCGAAAGGUUAAUGUGGAUGCCCCCGUACUUGAUUACAAGGAUGCUGUACAUGAAUUUGCUACCCUAGACGUGCUUCUCAAGACUCCUAAAGCCCAAGCUUGUUGUGAGGAUAUUGCUAUAUGGGUAAAGAAGUAUAUAUCUCUCCGAGGGCACGAGUUUUCUUACUGACCAGAUACACAGAUAUCAUCCAUGCCAUCCAAAGAGAAUGUAGCUGAGUACUAAAAACAAACUAUAUUUUCAUAAUCUUCCCUGAAUUAUGGGUGGGGAUGCAGAAGGCGGAGAAGCAUUAUUUGAGUUUCUAAAGCUCGGUGAGAACCAUUGUUGAAGAUGGCUGAGAAAUUUUGUACAUUUUUUUUUUCCAUGGCUUAGAAAUUAUUAUACAUUCAACCCUGGGAUUUUGUUUCUUUAGUUUUGUUCAUAAUUAUAUCUUUAUCCUGAUAGAAGGCCAAUAUAUGUCAUCAUUUAUUCAUUCUUUGAA